AUGGAUCCUAUCUUAGUAGAAAGUCAUAAACUCAUCUAACAAUAAAAAUUCGAAUAGGCAUUUGCUUUACUCCAAUAAAAUGAAUCCAAAAUACUUUCACAACAAUAACAUCAAAAUCAAUUUCAUUUAAAUAUUGGGAUAUGUUGCUUUAGACUUGGAAAUUAUAAAUAAGCUAUAUCUCAUCUUGAUUUAUGUGACAAAAAUGAUUAAGUAGAAAAUGUAACUGCCAUUAAAUAUCUAUUAAUGGCUCUUAUUUAUGAUUAAUAAUAUGAGAGAUGCAUGAAAGAAUCAACAUUAUUUCUAUAAUAUUCGAAUGUCUAAAUAUUAUUAAAUAUAUAUCAAAGUAGAGGUUAAUGUCUUUAAGAAUAAUGUUUAUAUUUAGCUGCCAUCUAAGAAUACAAAAAAUCAAUUGCAAAAGGAAAUAAAAAUAAUAUUGAUAUUGCAUAUUGUUAUCUAUAACUAGAUGAAUUAUAAGAUGCAGAGAUAUUUGUUAAUGCAUAUUCAGAUAUGGAAUAAAGUGAUAUCUAAGCUUAAUUAAUAAAAGCUGAAUUAUUAUUAAGAACUACAAAAGAAAAAGAAGGUGCUUAAGUAUUGUACACUGCUUAUUAAUAUUAUAAAUCAAAAUAAUAUAGAAUUACAGAUUAUACUCCAAAAGAAUUAGAAUAUUUGGAAUCUAAAUUAAAUGAUAGAAAUGGAAAAUAUAUUGAGUCAUUUUAUAAAAAAACAAGAACACAUAAUUUAGAUAAUGAUACUAAGAAUACAUUUUUAUAAUUUGUUAAAGAAUUAAAUAAUAAAUAAUAAUAAGAAUUGUCAAAAUAAAUUGAAGAAUAAAUUAAAAAAGUACUAUCAAAAACUUAAUUAAUGAAAAUGCAUGCUGAAAAAGCUGUAGAAUAAUUAUUAGAAGAUUAAUAAUUUAAAGAUUAUUAUGAUACAUUUAUUUAAUGUGUUGAAUCUACUUUUGAUCGUGCAAGUGGAUUUGUUAAUAGAUUUUAAAUUAAAACUGAUGAUAUUUUAAUUACUUUUGGAAUAGAAUUAUUAGCUAUGGUUCCAUUAGUAGGUUAAACAGUAUCAUCAGUUAUAAAUUCAUUAUAAGCUGAAAUUAGAACUCUUUAAAUUGUUUAAAGAUCAACUGCAUUAAUUUAAAUUGGUAAUACUUAAGAUGAAUUAACAUUUUUAAUAAAAUAAAUUCUUGUAAUUGUUUUAUAAGAUUAAAAUAAACAAAAAGAAAUUAAGAAUCCUGAAAUAUCUAAAAGUUAUUAAAAUUAUUUAAGAGAUUUCUUAAAUUUAAAAUUAUAAAUUAAAAAAUAAAUAAUUAAUCAAUUAGAUGAUAUCUACAUUAAAGAUAAAAAUAAAUAAGAAUUAUUAGCAAUUAAAGAUGCAAGUGAAUUAUUAGGUACUUAUUUUAGUUCUGGUUAUUUAUCAUUAAUAGAAGAUAAGGAUGAAGAAAGAAUACCUUAGAUAUGUGCAGAAUUUGUAUUAGCAGAAGGUGAAUAAAAAGUUUAAUUAAGAAAAAAUGUAUCCAAAAAAAUAGAAGGAUAAAAUGAUAAAUAAAUAAUUGAAAGUAAAUGUUGCAUUAUUUAAUGA